AUGGAAGUCUCGUUCUCUUCCUCCACUUCUCCAUCUUAUACCUAUGCCUUCCUCCCUAACAUCUCCACCCCCUCCUCCUCCCCCUCACUUUCUCCGUCCCCGAGUGUGGCCACAGUUCUCUUUUGCUUCUUUCUCUCACUCCUUUCCCUGCUCGGCAUUCUGGGAAACCUUUACACACUGGGGCUUCUCAUGCAACGCCGCAGGGGCCCAAGAAGGAGGCGCAUGGCACUUAACUGCUGUACGGCUCCCCCUUGUCUCCAAGCCUCGUCCCCUUUGCCUUCCUCUGGCUCCUCUUCCUCCUCCUCCUCCUCUUCUCUUCACCUGCAGGUUCUGAGUCUAGCUUUGGCAGAUCUACUCUACCUCUCCACUGCUCCCUUCAUCGUCUACGACAGCCUGGCGUCAGACUGGGCAUUCGGUGAGCUUGGCUGCCGACUCCUGCUCAGUCUGGACCUGCUAACCAUGCACGCCAGCAUCUUCACUCUCACCGCCAUGAGCCUGGACCGCUACCGGGCCGUGGCCCACCCGCUGGCUGCCUCCUCAGCCCCUUCCUCAGGCCUGCUCCGCGUGGCUCUGGCCUGGGGCUUUGCCCUGGCACUCAGCCUGCCCAUGAUGAUCACCCUGCACCUGGAGGAUGGGGAAAACCACGAGGGCACGCUGUGUGUUCCGGCAUGGGACGAGCAGAGUUCCAAAGCCUACCUCAGCGUGCUGUUCUGCACCAGUAUCCUGGGACCAGGACUAGCCAUCGGGUGCCUGUAUGCAGCCCUGGGGAGGCUGUACUGGGUCUCUCAGACGCAGACAGCCUGGGCCGGGGGAAGCAGCACAUACCCGCCCCGGGCCCCUCGGCCCAAAGUGUUGCUUCUGAUUCUAGGGAUUGUGCUCACAUUCUGGGCCUGUUUUCUCCCAUUCUGGAUCUGGCAACUGCUACCACUGUAUCGACCAGACGUUCUUUGCAGGGUGCCUGCAGGCACACAGGUUACAGUUAACCGUAUACUGACAGGGCUGACGUAUGGGAAUUCAUGUGUGAAUCCAUUUUUCUACACACUACUGACAGGCAAGCGGCAACGGACCAGCAGGCAGAUGAAAGGCACAUCCACUCCCCUCUGCCCAAAGAGUAGCUCUGUCCCCAAGUGAUAGGCACAGUUGCACCCCUCUACCCAAAGAGGAGCUCUGUUCCCCAAUAAAAGGCACAGCCACAUCCCUCUGCCCAAAGAGCAGCUCUGUGCCCCUGUGAAAACACUCGUCCUUUCCAUUCCCAUGAAUAAAUGCACUCUUUGCAGCUCUGUCAACUAAAGAUUUAAGAUUUAAGCCUUUUUGGUGCAGGCAAGUGUAAGAAGUGGUCUAAUUUCCCUGUCCAGGUAUCUAAGUUCAGUGUUCUUUAAGGUUUUGAUACAAUGGACUAGAACACACUGGAGAACCUGUUCAGCAUUAUUGAUAACGGCAUUGAAAUGUAAAUGCAUUUUUAAAGUAGCAUUGCUUGCAAAUGUCUAGGGGACAAGGCUCUUUCAUUCAAACAUCUUAUAAUACAAUAGUGGACUAAAGUGCAGAGAACAUCUGUUUGAGGUGACACCAAAGACAACAUUAAAGGAAAACACAAGUUUUGUCAUGAUCUGAAAGUUACCUGGGGGUGGGGGUGGGGUGUCAUUUUUACUUCAGGUGUGAACUACUUAAAAACCAAGUUGUUUUAUUAGUUUAAAUGAAAGGGGGAACAACUUCAUCUGAAUUUAGCUUAAAGCUAAAGGACAAUUCCCAUUGGAAUUUGAUAAAUUACAAUUAGGCAAACAAUUAUGUCAGCUCUGAUGGCAUGUAUUUAUGAAUGGAUGAGUUUUUUUACCCACACUUUGGUUCACUAUUUAAUUGGCAUAAAGGUGAUUGGGUGCAGUUACUGCUAAUAUGUUGAUUUAUUUUCAUUUUGUUUAUAUGUCAGUGUGAAAAGGCACUGCAUUGAUUUCCUAAGCAGUGUAGCAGUGUACUGCUUAGUCAGAAUUUCAGUGUUUAAUCAGAACUUUUAAAAAUUACAACAGUAAUGUACGUCAGUUCUCCGCAAAGAAAUCUUGUCCUACUGACUAUAAUUUUCUGAUGGUUUUGCUCUGACUGAGGUUUGUGCCUAAAAAAUCACAGAUUUAAACAUUCUGGAAUCGGUACUGUAUUUGACCGCUGGAUGCCUUUUCUUAGAAGGCAUCUUUGUGCUUUGCAUCCAUACCAUGACUCUUCAAAGACUCAGACUUUGAACAGCUGUUUGCCUUUUUAUGAUAGUGAACUGCAUUGUGAUUUUGUUGUGCUUUUUUUCCAUGCAUUGCUUUGCACGAAGCAUAGUCACAAGCAUUUAUAUACAUGCAUUUGUGGUGCAUAAAAUAAUA